CUCAACUUGUCGGGAAAAACCCGAUAAAACCCCCCCUGACACAUCCCAUAACAAGAACAUGGUAAAGUAAUACUUUAUAAACGAUGUCAUGGCCGAGGACUCGCUUUCUGCGUUCAGGGAACGUUGGAAGGAAGAGUUAACCAGCAGAAAGGAGGAGCUGCUUGUUGCAGCUCCGUCCUCCUCCAGAGAGGCUCCUCGGCGUAAACACAACAGCAACAGGACCGGCGAGUCUCUGAAAACACGAGGAGGGGGCUGCGGUGAAGAUGAGGAGGAUGAGGAAGGUGUUGGUGUUGGGAAACCAGGGGAAGCUGCUACACAGUCUUUGUCAGAGCAGACGGAGGAGCAGCCCAAGUACGUGUCCAUCGCUCGCAGCUUGCUGAAUGGGAGGACCAGUCCCCUGCUGGGCAGGAUCCAGGAGGAGAGGACGAGGAGGAAAAGACAGUACGACAACACGACCAAUGCCUGCAUCGCAUCCCUGCAGCAGCGCGAGGGGAAGAUGAAGAAAGAAGAGGAGCUGGUGGCUCAACUCAUUGAAGAUUUGAAUGAAGUCAAUGAAAUCCCCUUCUUUGACAUCGAGUUACCUUAUGAGUUGGCCUUGAAGAUAUUCCAGUACCUCACCUGUACUGAACUCGGCCGCUGCGCCCAGGUGAGCAGGGCAUGGCGGGUCCUCGCAGAGGACGGCGUUCUGUGGUUUCGAAAGUGCACGAGGGAGGGCUACCACCAGCAUGCCAGCGUGUCCGACUCGCCCUGCUGGAAGAGCUCCCUGCGAGACUGCAGGAACUCGGCCAAGGCUGUGCGCUCUAACUGGAAGAACCGAGUGGGAUCCAUCAGCCAGCUGCAGUUCGAGUUGGGGAAGGUGCUGUGUGACGUUAGCUCCUGCGACAACUUUGUCCUGGCCGGGUACUCGUCCGGUGACGUUAGGCUCUGGGACACGCUGCACUGGGACUCCACAGCCUCGUACCUGAAGGCUAACGGCCUGUCGGCGAACACAAACCCCCGACCACUCGUCAGCCACGUGCAGGUCAACGUGUCGGUGGCUGCUGCUGCGUACGAGGACGGUUGUGUGGACUUGUGGAGCACAGAGAGCGGGGGGCAGCCCCUCCACCACUACCAGAGUCCAGGGAGGAUCCAGGCUUUAGCUCUGAGCCCAGACAGUCCCGUCCUGGUCUCGGCCGCCGGAUCACAGGUCCGGCUCGACAGCGCCAAUGACCGUGGCUACUGGAGGACGGUCAGCCAGGUUCAGCUACCCAACCCUGUGCAGAGCCUGGUUUUAGUCCCGGGCAGGGAGGACCAGAGUCCGCUGGCGGCUUUAGCCGCCGGAGAUGUGGUCUACAUGUUGGAUCCCCGAGAAGAGGAGCCACAGACGCUCCACUCGGUCUACGGUCAUCCCGUCACCUGCCUGGACGCCGCCGACUCCCUCGUCGCUUUCGGUGUGAAGCGCACAGGCUGGGCCAUGCACGACGGAGGCAACAAGAUCCACGUGUACAGCCUGGAGACGAGCAAGCCCGCCGCCUCCGUGGGGAACUCGCCGGGAGACUUCACGUGCAUCAACCUGCGAGACGCCCCCCCACAUCUGCUGGUGUGUGGAAACAAAGACAGGAGGGUGAGAGUGUUCGACCUGAGAUCCGGCUCCUCCGUGGCGUCCCUGUACGCCCACCACCUGGGCGUCACCUCGGUGCAGGCGGACGACUGGAAGAUCGUGAGCGGCGGAGGCGAGGGGCUGGUGUGUGUGUGGGAAAUGAGGAUGAACGCUAAGCUGUGGGAGAUGCACAACAGGCAUCCUGUAAGGCACGUGCGCUUCAACUACGGCACCCUGGUCACGGCCAACAUCCCUGACGACAAGUCGCCGCGAGGGGCCUGCAUCACCGACGAUGACCUGACGGCACAUCGCAGACACAGGGGCGUCGUCUGCCAUUACGACUUCUCAGACGAUGCGGUGUCGCAGGAUCACAUCCUGCCCAUCUGCAGAUCCGACUACACCGGCUCGCACGGUUACAACUACAACAUCGGCCUGGCGGUGCCCUACGACAGGCUGUCUGCCUCCCAUCCCUCUCGCUGAGGAGCGGCGCUGCGACCGAACUCGCUGUGUGACCGAGCGGACAAUGGAGGCAUUCAUCCAUCAGACCAUCCAAACAGCUUCCUUUUAGUUUCCUUUUAAUCAGCCGAGUCCAGGACUUUUGGAUACGUAACAUGUCAAGCAGCUGUAGCUGUAAAUCCCUCUCAAAUUAUGUUUGGUUCAAUGCAUUUUAUUGUACAGUCGGGGAUAAAAACCCUUGUAUGGACAUGUUUUUUGUUCAUUCUUAGAAUUCCAAGUCUUUUAUGUCCCAUCUAAAGAGUAUUAAAGCAUCUCCUUGUCUGUGUAAAACCGCUGACCUCCAUCCCACCACGGCAGCGGCUGGAGUCUCAGAGGAGCACGUAAAGUUUAAACGGAAGCUGGAACUAUUCCGGCGCUGCAGAGGGACGGUAUGUGCCUGCAGUCUUCGGACGUUACCGUAACCCAUGACCCAUAAAUGCCACACGAGUCUCUGAGCAUGACUGACUUCAUCUAAUCCAAAAAUAUCAUUUAAGAGUCCUUCAAGUUAAUCUCUGGCUCCGUGGAGAUCUGCAGACCAGUGGGAACGUGUGUGGUAGUUUGAAAUGUUGCCAGAAGUAUUAAGGGUAUAAAAGAAAAGGCUGGAAAAGGACGA